UCUGCGCUCUGACUGCAGACGGAAGGCUCUCCCCUGUCUUGGCAGAGGAAACCGGUGUUGACACUUCGACGCAGGCUACAAUGGCGACCGAAGUGAGGCAGGAGCUUACACAACUGAUGAACUCAAGUGGAUCUCAUAAAGAUCUUGCUGCCAAAUAUCGACAAAUUCUGGAAAAGGCCAUUCAGUUUACAGAUGCUGAUCAACUGGAAUCCUUGAAGGCCUUUGUAGAAGCAAUGGUCAAUGAAAAUGUCAGUCUCGUCAUUUCAAGACAGCUGCUCACUGAUUUCUGCACACAUCUGCCCAACCUGCCUGACGCCACAGCAAAAGCAGUGUAUCACUUCACCUUGGAAAAGAUCCAGCCGAGGGUUAUUUCCUUCGAGGAACAGGUAGCCUCAAUCAGACAGCACUUAGCGACCAUUUAUGAAAAGGAGGGAGACUGGAGAAAUGCUGCCCAAGUUUUAGUUGGCAUUCCCCUCGAAACAGGACAGAAGCAAUAUAAUGUUGACUAUAAGUUGGAUACAUAUCUGAAAAUUGCCCGACUUUACUUAGAAGAUGAUGAUCCGGUUCAGGCAGAGGCCUACAUCAACAGAGCCUCAUUGCUUCAGAAUGAGUCCUCUAAUGAACAGCUACAGAUACACUAUAAGGUGUGCUAUGCCAGAGUACUAGACUUCAGAAGGAAGUUUAUUGAAGCUGCACAAAGAUACAACGAGCUGUCUUAUAAGUCAAUUGUUCAUGAAAGUGAACGCCUGGAGGCACUGAAGCAUGCUCUGAACUGCACCAUAUUGGCCUCUGCAGGACAGCAACGUUCCCGUAUGUUGGCUACUCUCUUUAAGGAUGAGCGCUGUCAGCAGCUGGCUGCUUAUGGUAUCCUGGAGAAGAUGUACCUGGACCGCAUCAUCAGAGGUAACCAACUGCAGGAGUUUGCUGCCAUGCUGAUGCCUCAUCAGAAAGCCACCACAGCAGAUGGCUCCAGCAUCCUUGACAGAGCUGUGAUUGAACACAACCUCCUAUCUGCCAGUAAACUCUACAACAACAUCACUUUUGAAGAGCUAGGAGCAUUGCUGGAAAUCCCCCCUGCAAAGGCUGAAAAGAUUGCUUCUCAGAUGAUCACUGAGGGACGUAUGAAUGGUUUCAUUGACCAGAUUGAUGGCAUUGUACAUUUUGAAACCCGUGAACCCCUUCCUACCUGGGAUAAACAGAUCCAGUCUUUAUGUUUCCAAGUCAACAACCUGCUAGAGAAGAUCCGUCAGGCUGCUCCAGAGUGGGCCGCACAGGCUAUGGAAACCCAGAUGACCCAGUAGUAUUCCUAAUAGGAUCCGUCAGCCCACCCUGAAAGUUUUGUCUUGCUUCUCCCCAAAAAGACAUUAAAAAAACACCUGCAAUUUAAGUAGUAAAGCACUGUGGAGAUCCUUCUGGUACCAGCAUGACUUGUUUGAGAUGUGGCAUCCAUGUAUUUAUAGGGCUGUACUGUACAUUCAGGUGUAACUUCAUGUUGUUUACAUGUUAAAAAUUUGGAUAUUAUAUACAGAUUGUUGACAUGUUAUAGGGUCAAAUAAGAUGCGCACAACAAACACAUUCUGUUUUUAUCUUGAUAAUACAGCUAUAUCUGUCAAGUACUUCUUGAUUUAUCACUUGGCCCACACUGAAUGAAUUUCAGCAGAGUAUUAAACUCGGAGCUGAGAGAAACGGCUCAGGAUCAUCGUUUGAUUCAAGGUCACUGUCUGCCUCAGUGGAUUUUUCUUUUUUUUAUCAUUGACAGUUUAAAUAUGAAGAACAAAUUGAUGAAAUGCUCUUUGAGUUCACUUUUCAGCAUCUGUAACAAUUUUCUACUUAGGAUACAUGUUCUGGAAGCAUUUUAACAAAAGUUUAGGAGUAGAUAUCGCUGUACUGAAUGAUACAGACAGUUUAUGAGACAAAAAUAUGUUUUAUAGUGGUUCAAUGGUAUAGUGGUUACCAAAUUUGAAAGAUCCCUGGUUCGACAGGAGGAAAUUUAAAUCCAGCUUGGGGGAGAAAUGAGCUACUGUACUCAUGCUGGCCCCAAGCAGCAUGGGGCCACCGCCUCUGUUCAAAGAUGGUCGUUCACAGUGGACAUAGAUGGCUUCUUUCACUCCUCUUUCAAGCCAUCUGUCCUCUCUUUCUAAAAUGUGAACAUUGGCAUUCUGGAAAGAAUGACAAAGGUGGUGAACAGAGGUUGUGGCUUACGACACCAACCGCCUGCCAUCUAUAAUCCAGUUUUGAGAUCCAUUAACGCCCACUCACAUCUUGGGCCAUUUGACCUCAGUAAAUUACACAAUAGGGUGGGGCUAGAUUUCACAAUAGAUUAACCCGAAACCCUGGGUGAUCGUGACCUACACCCGUUUUCAACCCUUGGCUCGUGUAAUUAGGUAGGGAUCAAUAGGGGGUCCCUGACCCUCUUAGGGUUUAAAAUCUGGGACUCCUAACCUAUUGCUCUUAGAACUGAAGAAGCUUCUCAGAUGAGAAGUGAAACAUCUUCAAGAAACCUAAAGAAGUCCAGACACUUUUUUUUUCCAAGCUCCUUAGACUACGUUGACCUGGACGACUGAGAACCUUCAGACAUAUUUUCAAGAUGCUACUGAUGAUAAAUUGACUUUGGGAAGUCGUAUUUUUAAAGCACAAGUCUUGGUUUUUAAAUCUAGCCAUUACAAAGAGUCAGAUGAUACUGCACACCCACAUGGUAGGCCUGUCCUAAAGCUUACUCUGCUUUAUUGUUUUUUUCCCCCGACACGGUGCCAUUAAAAAAAAUCUCAUCUUGCAGAUUACUGACAUCAUAGACAAAAUGAGUCAUUUUCUAUGGUGAUUUUCCCCCCUAGAAAAUUGCUAGUUUCACCUUUCAUAAACUUGAUAAAGCAGAUCAAAUAUUGCAGACAUUGUUGUGUUAGUAUAAUAUUUUAAUUUUUUGUGGAAACUGUCCUACAUCUGAGCCACAUGAAACAAAAUUUACAACAGGUUUGAAAAUACUGUAAAGAAAGGUCUUACUUCAUUAUUCAUUAUGAUUGGGGAUAUUCAUUAUGAUUUCCUUUGGUAUGGGAUGAUGUCAAAGAGUCUGAUCUCAAACAGUCUUGAUAAAACAGAAUCUAUCCAAUUAUUUUCUUCUGGUUAUCCAGCCUAAGCAGAAAAGCUCAGACCACCCUCACUCUAGCCAUCUCCUCUAGCUUAUCUGGGGGAGCACCAAGGCGUUCCCAGGCCAGCCGAGAUAUAAUCUUUCCAGCGUGUCCUGGUGUGGCCUCAGAUGAACUGCAAAAUGGCUUAUUAUACCGUGUCAUUGUUAAUUUAACAAAAAUUAAGCUAAAAUGCAGAAGCAGUGUGUGGUGAAAACCUUAGUGCACUCUCACUGUUUUCAUAUGGUAAGUAGCAGCCAGGUUCUGCUUAACAAAUGUAUCUGAUAAACUGAUCAUCAGUCAGUUUGACCACCUGUAUAAAAGCAGAAGCUUGCUGGUUUGGUACGUUAAGGUGUGUAUUCUUUAUGUGUAUUCUAUAUCUCAGUCUCCAUAGGCACAUUGAAUGCUAAAGUUCAU